AUGCAGGCAGAGGAAUACAAUCGUAGAGGUAAGGAGAUGGUGGAUUACAUCACUAGGUACCUGACGACCAUCAGAGAGAGGAAGGUGACCCCAGGCCCAGAGGUGAAGCCUGGCUAUAUGAGAGAGCUGCUGCCAGACAGCGCCCCCACUGACCCGGAGGACUGGGACUGUAUCUUCAGGGACAUAGAGAAGGUCAUCAUGCCUGGGGUGGUCCACUGGCAGAGCCCCUACAUGCAUGCGUACUACCCAGCCCUGACCUCCUGGCCCUCUAUGUUAGGAGACAUGUUGGCUGAUGCCAUCAACAACAUCGGAUUCACCUGGGCCUCCAGCCCGGCGUGUACAGAGCUGGAGAUGAACGUGAUGGACUGGUUGUGUAAAGCCCUUGGUCUCCCCACCUUCUUCCUCCAUCACCACCCAGACAGCACCGGGGGAGGAAUACUGCAGAGCACAGUGAGUGAGAGUAGUCUGGUAGCUCUGCUGGCUGCCAGGAAGGCCAGGAUACAGCAGCUGAAGAGGACAGAUCCAGCAGACAGAGACCUGGAUGACUCAGUGGUCAACUCCAGACUGGUGGCCUACGCAUCAGACCAGGCUCACUCCUCAGUGGAGAAGGCAGGUCUGAUCUCCCUGGUGAAGAUCAGGUUCCUCCCUCCAGACGACCACUUCUCCCUGAGAGGAGACACUCUGAAACAGGCCAUCCAGGAGGACAGGAGGAGAGGACUGGUACCUGUCAUGCUGUGUGCCACUCUGGGGACCACGGGGGUGUGCGCCUUCGACGACCUGUCAGAGCUGGGACCAGUGUGUGCAGAGGAAGGUCUGUGGCUGCAUGUGGAUGCAGCGUACGCCGGCUCAGCGUUCCUCUGCCCUGAGCUGAGAGGACCUCUGGGGGGUAUAGAGUACGCUGACUCCUUCGCGUUCAACCCCUCCAAAUGGAUGAUGGUCCACUUCGACUGCACUGCCUUCUGGGUGAAGGACAAGUGCAAGCUCCAACAAACCUUCAGUGUCGACCCGGUCUACCUCAGACACGAAAACUCAGACCAAGCCACCGACUUCAUGCAUUGGCAGAUCCCCCUGAGUCGACGGUUCCGCUCUCUGAAGCUGUGGUUCGUGAUGCGCUCCUUCGGUCUGAAGAACCUUCAGGGACACAUCAGACACGGUGUAGAGAUGGCUAAGCUACUGGAGUCCCUGGUUAGAUGUGACCCUAACUUUGACAUGCCUGCUGAGAGACACCUUGGCUUGGUGGUCUUCUGUCUCAAGGAAGGGAAUGCCCUGACUCAGGAGUUGCUACGGCGACUGACGCGGUCCGGCACCAUGUACCUUGUCCCCGCCGACAUCGAUAAGAAACGCAUCAUCCGCUUCACCGUGACGUCACAGCUGACCACCUCAGAGGACAUCAUCAGGGACUGGAAUAUCAUUCGCAAAAUGGCCGCCGACCUUCUGUCCGAGGAGGCCGAAAAACAGGCGGUCAGUAAAAUGGAGGAGCAGCAGUCUCCAGUCAGAAAAACUGUUGAGAAGCUGUCAGAGACAAACAGUGAUUCGGAGAGUCACACAACAGCAGCAGCAGAGGGAAUGGCUGCCACUCUCAUGACUAGGAAACCAAAGGAGAUUGAAAAGGCCAUCAGUGACACAGAGGAUGAACCACUGAAAACACCCAAAAUGCAAGAGACCGGCCCGACACAGACCAGCCCCAAGACAGGAUCCAAAGCGCUAGAGGCCGGCCCGACACAGACCAGCCCCAAGACAGGACCCAGAGAGCUAGGGACCAGCCAGGCACAGACCAGCCAGGACCCAGAGACAGGAGCCAGAGACGGCCCUGAGGAGAUCCCCUGUCCUACUGCCUUCAGAGUUCAGAGGGUCCAACCACAGCUCCGCUUGGACAGUGAUAAGACUGGAUUUAGACCGCAACCACCAUUCUGGAUGGAUAAAGAAAAGUCUGGGUCUGAGAACAGGCCAAGGAGGACAGUACGCUCUCUGAGCUGCAGCAGUGAGCCCUUACCUGGUUCCAUUGGGCCCCUGUUUGGCCAUAACACUGACCCCCUUUCUAAGCCUCUCUCUAGCUCUAUCACGGACUCCCAGCAUGGACAUAAAGACCCAGACCUCAUCCACCCCCUAAAUGACACCCAGCUCAGGCGUCUCUCCUCCAGCCCAAGCCCCUCAGGCCUCUUUCAGAUCCCAGAGUGGCCUUCUCCAACCAAUUCCAACCAGCUGGGAAAACGGGUCCUGAGGAAGCUCACCAAGUUCUACAGCUUGCCCAGUUUCUGCCACCUGUGGGUGCAGUGUGGGCGCUACCAGGUGUGCUGCCCUGUCAGGGGACUUCAGAUCGCCCCAAAGCUCAGAUCUCCCCAAAUCCCUGGUCCUCCUCUGGGUGUAGGAGACUCAGCUGUUGGUCUUGUUCCUCUGUGA